CAGCGCGUGUCACGUGAUUCGCAGCCGCCGGGUCCCCCCCAGUCGCCGGGAGCGAGCCGGGUCCGGGUCCGCGGCCGCCGCCAUGUCGUGCUUCCCCGAGCUCUACUUCAACGUGGACAGCGGCUACCUGGAGGGGCUGGUGCGGGGCUUCAAGGCCGGCGUGCUGAGCCAGGGCGACUACGUGAACCUGGUGCAGUGCGAGAGCCUGGAGGAUUUGAAGCUGCACCUCCAGAGCACGGAUUAUGGGAACUUCCUGGCCAACGAAGCCUCCCCCCUUUCUGUGUCCGUCAUAGAUGACAAGCUGAAGGAGAAGAUGGUGGUGGAGUUUCGUCACAUGAGGAACCACGCGUAUGAGCCAUUGGCAAGUUUCCUGGACUUCAUCACCUACAGCUACAUGAUCGAUAACGUCAUCCUGCUGAUCACCGGGACGUUGCACCAGCGCUCCAUCGCGGAGCUAGUGCCCAAGUGCCAUCCGCUAGGAAGCUUUGAGCAAAUGGAAGCUGUGAAUAUUGCUCAGACCCCUGCGGAGCUCUACAACGCAAUCCUGGUGGACACGCCCCUGGCCGCCUUCUUCCAGGACUGCAUAUCCGAGCAGGACCUCGACGAAAUGAACAUCGAAAUCAUCCGAAACACGCUGUAUAAGGCGUACCUGGAAUCCUUCUACAAGUUCUGCAGCAUCCUGGGAGGCACGACUGCAGACGCCAUGUGUCCAAUCCUGGAGUUUGAAGCUGACAGGAGAGCCUUCAUCAUCACCAUUAACUCGUUUGGCACGGAGCUCUCCAAAGAGGACCGAGCCAAGCUGUUCCCUCACUGCGGGAAGCUCUAUCCUGAGGGGCUGGCCCAGCUAGCCAGAGCAGAUGACUACGAGCAAGUCAAAACAGUAGCAGACUACUACCCUGAAUACAAACUGCUGUUCGAAGGAGCCGGCAGCAACCCUGGAGACAAAACCCUGGAGGACCGUUUUUUCGAGCAUGAGGUGAAGCUGAACAAACUGGCUUUCCUCAACCAGUUCCACUUCGGGGUUUUCUACGCCUUCGUCAAGCUGAAGGAGCAGGAGUGUCGCAACAUCGUGUGGAUUGCCGAGUGCAUCGCGCAGCGACACCGCGCCAAGAUCGACAACUACAUCCCCAUCUUCUAACCGCCCUCGGCCCUCCUGCUGCCGGGUGGAGCCCAGUGGAACUGCCCUUCCCCCCAGUACAUUCGAAUGAUCACUAGUCCUCGCUCCGGGGACGGCUCCUCUCUGGAACUGGCUCGGAUGGAAACUGGACAGUCUGUUGUUCCAGAGCUGCCGUUGUUUGUGAGUUCUGUGUGCUGUGAGGGGCCAGCGGGGCCUGGGACAGGCGCUGGGCCUGUGCAGCCAUGUAGCAGGAGGGCUCCAGUCCAUGUAUUAUAAUUGUACCUGUGUCACUGUACUGAUCAGCUGUGUGUGCUUCACUGAGCGAGCCAGUGCUGAUCUCUGAGGGAACUGGCAUCUCUCAGCCAUUCACUCCUUGCUCUCGAGUGACUCAUUAGACAUGUGUUGCCUGAGUUUAAAUGUCCCCUUUACCAAGGCUGAGACUCGAGCAGUCUGGCUCCAGUAAGUAUUGUCCCCCAGAAGCUUCAUGUGAGUGUUCCUCUUGCCUCCCUUAGUGUAGCAGAUGCUGCUGUGUAAUUCCUGCAUCAUCUUGUCUGACUCCUCCGAGGGCAGAAGGCCGAGCCGCCCUUGUCCAAAGAGCUGAGGCAGGAGCAGAGGUUCUGAGCAGCACCCAGUGACUGUCCUUCCCCCUGUCGCCAGGCAGCACUUGCUUCCCGGGGACCUGCUGGUGCUGAGGCAGGCCAGCCACUGACGGGGGGACCUGGCCAGCAAAUGUCUUUGCCCCAGAAAGAUUCUUGCUAACCUGCCCGCAACCUGGGAACAGGGAUCGAGCGAGGCUGGCCCUGCAGUGGCUGUGGGGGCGGUACGUGCCUACUGCUGUGUGUGGGUGCUAGCCAGCCUGCCCGCCCAACCCCCGUGGCUCCCCCAGGGUCCCCACCAGCUGCCACUCUUCUUCUGGGGGCUCUGAGCCGGCUGUCCUGCCAGGCCGGCUGCCUAUAUCCCGGGAGCAGCCCCCUGCUUCCUAUACAAACUGCAGUGACAUGUCCGUGUGCGCAGUGAGCAGGCACCACGCCCCUCUGCUCCAUGGUUAGGAGCACGGGUCCCCAUAACAACUGCAGGCUCAUUCCCACGCUCUGGGGGCAGGGGCUUGGCUGGCAGCUCUCUGCCCAGGUGGUAAGAUGGUCAUUCAAAGGGAUCCAGAAGGCUAUUGAAGUGACCUGUUCCUCUUUCUGGGCCAGGGCUUUCUGGGAAGCUGCCAAACCCCAUCCCACCCCUGCUGGGCGUCUGUCACGAACACUGGGGUGUUGGCGGUCAGUGCAGGUAACUGCCUCGGCCUGUAAUCGCCCUGCGCAGGCGGGCUGGCUCGGAGAGCGCACCUGCCUUCAGCGACAUGGUUUUUGCAGCCCGUUAAUGGAAUUGAGAUUGGGGGAGUGGGAGACCUGAGGCGCAUGGGCUUUGAGCCUCUCCUGCCUUCCCUGCUGCUGGCUUUGGGUCACUGCUGCUCGGUGUAGGGGGGAUGACUUCUGGUGCCCUUAGCUACCACCCACACACACUUGCUCUCUGCUCAGAGCCCCCUUGGCCCGUGCUGAGCUCCACCCUCCUGUCCCCAGAGCACCCUUCUUUUCAGGCUCUGCAGCCCAGGCCCUGCUCUGCUGCUCCCUGGAGUCAGGCUCCUUGGCUUACGGCCCCCCGCAGAUGAAGGUUGCUGGAAUUACACUGUCCCCAAAGCAGGGUGCUCAGCGGGGUGGGGGUGGUUCCUGGCCCAGCUGCUUUGCUGGCUUGCUCCAAGCUGGCACUAGGAGGCUGUAUCUUCUCAGCUUCGUGCUGCUCCCACAUGCAUGUGUAGGAGACUGGUAAGAGCAG